UAUUCUAUAACGACCUUGAAAACGUUCAUGACCUUCAAGACGAGCAUGACAGCGCCAGUUGACCAAAAACAGGAUUUAUUCCAAGAUAUCGGAGCGACAGUCGAGAGCGUUGCGGGUGGCGCCACCAGUCAGGUUGGAAAUGACGAGGACCAGACAAACACUGAGGAACCUCAAGUUGUUGACAAUAUCGGUGCGCCGGCUUAGCUCCUGCUCCGCAACACAUGCAAAGCGAGACUAACAGAGGAUAAUUUACUUCGUUAGAGUCACUAUGCAUGAACUGCCACGAACAGGGCACCACCAGACUCCUCCUGACCCGAAUACCCUUCUUCCGUGAAGUGGUAAUAAUGUCUUUCGACUGUCCGCACUGCCACUUCCGCAGCAACGAGAUACAAUCCGCGGGAGUGAUCCAAGAGCGCGGGUGCACGUACACCUUCAAAGUAGAGUCAAAGCUUGACCUCGACCGCCAGCUUGUCAAGUCCGAAACCUGCACAGCAAGAUUCGUCGAGCUAGAUUUGGAGAUACCGGCCCAGCGUGGCCAGUUAACUAAUAUCGAAGGUCUACUAAGUCUCGUGCUGGAAGAUCUGGUAGAUGGCCAGCCCGUCCGGAAAAGUCUGCAACUGGAUGCGUAUGAAAAGAUCGAGGAGUUUAUUAAGGAAGGAAGGGAAAUGCUUAACGGGAAUUCAUUCCCUUUCUCUAUCAAGCUGGACGAUCCAGCUGGGAACUCGUGGGUUGAGCCGAAGCCGGAUGAUGCCAGGAACAAGUGGGUUCGCCAGGAUUACGUACGCACGCCUGUGCAGAAUUCCGCAUUGGGUUUGGCGGAUACUACAGGUGAACAGGCAAAGGAGGACGAUGAUGAGGAUGAGAUUAGACCAGAUGAGGUUCAUACUUUCCCGGCGAGCUGCCCCAGCUGUGCUAGGGCUUGCUGUACACAUAUGAAAUUGGUUGAGAUUCCUCAUUUCAAAGAAGUAGUCAUUAUGAGCACUGUCUGUGAUGAUUGCGGAUGUAAGUCUGCUUUCUAACCCCGAAGCACGCAUAUCGCUAAUAUAUCGUAGAUAAGAGCAACGAGGUAAAAACUGGAGGAGCUGUCCCUUCAAAAGGCCGUAUCAUAACCCUCAAAGUGGAAGAUGAGGACGACUUAGCCCGUGACAUCCUCAAGGUUAACCCAACCCCCCCCCCCCUCCUUCCACUAAACAAUUCAGAACUUCUAACACCCUCCAGUCCGAAACCUGCGCCCUCCAAUGCCCAGAACUCAACCUUGACCUCACACCUGGCACCCUCGGCGGCCGCUUCACAACUCUAGAAGGCCUCCUAACCCAGGUCUACGACGACCUCCACCAGCGCAUCUGGGGUGACGUCCACGGCGAGAGCUCAGACUCCCUAGACAAGCAAACGAAGGACCGAUGGGAAGAGUUCUUUGCCGGUCUCAGAGAUGCCAAAAGUGGGAUGAGGAAGUUCACUUGCAUCCUCGAUGACCCGCUGGCCGCUAGCUAUGUUCAGAACUUGUAUGCCCCGGACCCCGACCCACAGUUGACGAUUGUUGAUGUGGAGAGGACGAAGGAGCAAGAGGAUGAUUUGGGGAUCUCAGAUAUGGUUACCGAGGGGUAUGGGGAGAAGGAGACAGGGGAACAGAAGGAGAGGAGGGCUAAGAGCUGAAGAUUUCCUAAGAAUUCUUGUAAUAGAUAUGGUGUUCUUAUAGAGAUUUGGGGCAAAGGUUGGAAGUUGGAUUUUACUGGCAGCCUAUUGUAUUCUAGCUUGAAUCAUGUUCAAUCGUC